AUGACUCUCUUCAACACCAUCCCCAAUGACCUCGACGAGGUCGACGUCAUCAUCGCCGGCGGCGGCACCGCAGGCUGCGUCCUCGCGGCGCGCCUCAGCGACGCAUCGCCCAACACGUCCAUCCUCGUCGUCGAGGGCGGGCGCGACAACCGCGGCGACCCGUCCAUCGUCCACCCCGCGCUGUUCCUCAGCGGCAUCGCGCCCACGAGCAAGACGACGCUCUUCUACAAGGGCGCCGCGGAGCCCAGCCUCGCCGGCAGGGAAAUGGUGGUUCCCUCGGGGGGCGUCCUCGGCGGCGGCUCAUCCAUCAAUCUCCUGACGUACAGCCGCGCGCAAAAGUCCGACCUGGAUGCCUGGGGCACGACCGGGUGGACCGCCGAUGAGCUGGUUCCGUAUAUGAAGAGGUUCGAAACGUACCACGGUCCAGGCAAGGCCGCCACCCACGGCGACAGCGGCCCCUUGCACGUCACCGGCGGCACCUUCACCGCAUCCCAUUCCAAGGCAGACUUCAUCCAGGCGGCCGACAAGCUCGGCUGGCCGCUCUCACGAGACCUACAGGCCGUCGAUGGCAGCGCAUGCUCACCGGGCGCCGUGCAAGCUAACCUGCGCUACAUCGGCGAGGACGGCACGCGCCAGGACGCCGCGCACCGGUACCUGCACCCGCGACUCGACGACGGCGCGCACCCGCAGCUGCGCGUUCUCACAGAGCACCAGGUCGUGCGGGUGCUGUUUGACGGCGAGAAGCGGGCCGUGGGAAUCGAGUGCCAGCGCGAUUCACGGUUCUUGGACGGGGAUGCCGUAGACGGGCCUGCUGCGUCUGCAUCGCCUCGAAUCAUCAUGGCGAGGAGGCUAGUCGUCGUCUCAUGCGGCGCCCUCGGCUCGCCACUCGUCCUGGAGCGCUCUGGCGUGGGUGACCCAGCGGUCCUCAAGCGCGCGGGCGUGCCGCUGGUGGCGGACGUGCCGGGCGUAGGGCUUAACUACAUGGACCAUCACGUCCUUGCGUGUCCGUACCGGUCGAGUCUCGAGCCGGACGAGACUCUCGACGCGCUGUACGCGGGGCGCAUCGACAUGGGCGCGCUCGUGGCGAGGAGGGAUCCGCUGCUGGGCUGGAAUGCGGCGGAUGUGACGUCCAAGCUUCGGCCGUCUGAAGACGACGUUGAUGCGAUGGGUGAGGAGUUUCGAGAUGUAUGGGAUCGAGAUUUCAAGGAGCGGCCGGAUCGACCACUGGCCAUUAUUACGUCGCUCAACUGCUUCCCGGGCGAUCCCAGCACGCUCCCCGUCGCGCAGUUCAUGUCCGCCUCGAGCUUCACCACCUACCCCUACUCACGGGGACACAUCCACAUCACCGGCCCGCGUGCCACCGACCCCCCCGACUUUCGCACCGGUUUCUUCACGGACCCGCACGGCGUCGACGUCAAGAGCUCCAUGUGGGCGUACAAGAAGCAGCGAGAGAUCCUCCGGCGCAUGGCCGUCUACCGCGGAGAGUGGGCGCCGGGCCAUCCGCCUUUUGCCUCCGACUCUCCCGCCGCGUGCGUGGAGCGGGAGGGGCCCAUCGCGGGUGAAGUAAAGAAUAUUGCGUAUACGGCUGAGGAUGACGCCGUGCUGGAGAAGUGGCUGAGGGAGAAUGUGCAGACGACGUGGCACUCGAUGGGGACGUGCAAGAUGGCGCCGCGCGAGGAGAGGGGUGUCGUGGACCCGACGCUGAGUGUCUACGGGGUGCAAAGACUCAAAGUCGUGGAUUUGAGCAUCCCGCCGAGUAACAUCGCGGCGAACACGGGGAGCGCAGCUUUUAUGGUUGGAGAGAAGGCGGCGGACUUGAUCAUCGCCGAGCUGGGCCUUUGA